CGCAGAGACAGUCGCUCUUUAAUGCACUUGCAUCGUCAACUCAUUCUCUCAUGCCUGAUUGGCAUUAGCGUCCUGCUGUUAUUUAAAUCCUCUUUCAACCAUCUCUUCGUGUUUGCCACCGCCCCGGGGGCUGCAAUCAUGUCCAAGGUCGUUCUCAACCCUCUCACGGCAGACACCGAGUAUCUACAGACCCUCUUGCAAGAAGGCAGGAUCGGCAGCACUGCCCUUGUUGAGGAAUACGUUGGACAAAUAGCCAGGCAUGAUCACUAUCUCCAUGCAAUGAUUCACGUCGGGCCACUACCUUAACUGAGGUCCAUUGCGGAGGCUUUGGAUCUGGAACGAAAGGACGGCCACCUAAGAGGCCCUUUGCAUGGCAUUCCGAUCAUUGUCAAGGACAACAUCGCUAACCAUCCUGACCUUGGUAUGCGGACUACCGCCGGCAGUCUAGCACUUUUCGAUUCGAGGCCCACCAGAAACGCCAAAAUCGUCGAUAUGCUUAUACAAGCCGGUGCAAUGGUUCUCGGCCAAGCCAAUCUCAGCGAACCCUCGAACUAUAGAGGCAUCAUGAUGCUCAUCGGCUGGUCCGCGGUCGGAGGACAAGCGCAGUCAGCCUAUGUUCGCGGUUGCCUAGAUCCCAGAGACAAAGUUGGGCACAGCAGUCCAUCCGGAUCGUCAACGGGAUCUGCCGUAGCUGUGUCAGCGGGCUACGCUCCCAUCUCGAUAGGGACCGAGACUGACGGCUCUCUGACCUGUCCCACUGGACGAGCUGCACUCUACAUCCUCAAACCAACUAUCGGUCUCGUACCUCAGGCCGGAAUCGUCCCUGUCUCGAAGAAUUUCGAUUCCGCUGGCCCGUUGACCAAGACUGUAUACGACCUUGCUGUCCUUCUCGACGCCAUAUCAGAAAAUAAGGGUGGCGAGAGCUUUACCUCGUACCUUACUGCUUCGUGGGAUGGGAUUUCGGUUGCAACCGUCGAUCCCGAGGUCUGGAAGUUUCCCGACUGCUUCAUAAAACCAGUUCCAGAAGCGACAGAACAUAUUAUAAGCUCUCUCUCAAACCGGGAAAUCUGUGAUGCUUAUCGGAAAAUCAAGACUCUGGCUAAACACGUAGCUGAUGAUGUCCCUCUAAUCACGAAAGAUAAGAUUACGCUGGGCGGAGAAGACAGUGAGAUGGUGAUCACACGUGCCGAUCUGAAGGCCGAGUUGAAUCACUAUCUACGGGAACUUGAAGAAAGCACCUUCCGAAGUCUUCCUCAACUGAUCGAGUUCAACUUCAAACAUGCAGAGCGAGAGCUUCCGCCAGACCACGAUAAUCAGGACUUCCUGCUCGCUACCGAAGACCAGCACAUAUCAGAGGAGCAAUAUUGCGCACAUUUUGACAACAUGCCAUAUCGCUCACGAGACAAGGGCGUCGAUUUCAUACUCGAAAAACACAACGUGGACGUGAUCAUCGGCCCCAGUGACGACUUUCUGUCCUCCAUCGCGGCAUGCGCUGGCUAUCCCAUCGCACAGGCGCCGCUUUCAUACCUUGAAUAUAACGAAAGGCCGUUUGGUGUCUCUAUCCUUGCCAAGGCUGGUCAGGAUGCUUUACUCGUCAAGGUGCUCAGUGCGUGGGAAGCCACUUUUCCGCGACGACGAUCGCCUCCGUUACUGGAAGGAGAGUAA